UGCACUAGUUGGCCGGGGAGGCCGGAGCGGGCCAUGGAGGAGGGCCGGGGGUCGUCGCCCGCGGCCGAGUCGGCGCUGGAGAAGAACGUGGCGGAGCUGACCGUCAUGGACGUGUACGACAUCGCGUCGCUCGUGGGCCACGAGUUCGAGCGGGUCAUCGACCAGCACGGAUGCGAGGCCAUCGCGCGCCUCAUGCCCAAGGUCGUGAGGGUCCUGGAGAUCUUGGAGGUGCUGGUCAGCCGCCACCACGUCGCGCCCGAGAUGGACGAGCUGCGUCUGGAGCUGGACCGGUUGCGCCUGGAGAGGAUGGACCGCAUCGAGAAGGAGCGCAAGCACCAGAAGGAGCUGGAGCUUGUGGAGGACGUGUGGCGAGGGGAGGCGCAGGACCUCCUCUCCCAGAUAGCCCAGCUGCAGGCGGAGAACAAACAGCUCAUGACCAACCUCUCCCACAAGGACAGCAGCAUCUCCGAGGAGGAGUUCCAGAAGCAGGAAGGCAUGUCGGAGCGUGAGCGGCAGGUGAUGAAGAAGCUGAAGGAGGUGGUGGACAAGCAGCGCGAUGAGAUCCGAGCCAAAGACCGGGAGCUCGGCCUGAAGAGCGAGGACGUGGAAGCACUGCAGCAACAGCAGACCCGGCUGAUGAAGAUCAACCAUGAUCUUCGGCACCGAGUCACCGUGGUGGAGGCCCAGGGGAAGGCCCUGAUUGAACAGAAAGUGGAGCUGGAGGCAGACCUGCAGACCAAGGAGCAGGAGAUGGGCUGCCUGCGGACAGAGCUUGGGAAGCUUCGGGAGAGGCUUCACGGCGGUGCAGAGCUGUGCCAGAAUGGGGAGGAGGAACCCGAGCGCUUCUCCCUCCUCCAGAUGGAGCCGGGUGCAGAGGAGGCUGUCUCUGAAGCAGACAGGCUGGCCAUGGAGCUGAAGGACCCAAGCCGCCCCCGGUUCACGCUGCAGGAGCUGCGGGACGUGCUGCACGAACGUAAUGAGCUCAAGUCCAAGGUGUUCCUGCUGCAGGAGGAGCUGGCCUGCUACCAGAGUGAAGAGAUGGAAGAGGAAAGUCGGAUAUCCCAACCUCCCCCUGUCACGCACCAGAGGAUAGCCCCCCAGCCAGAGUCAGGGAUCAAGCGGCUUAAAGAUGGGCCUUUGAGUGACGGGUUUAGCUUCUUCUCCCGAGACAAAAAGCGUCUGGCCAACACGCAGAGGAGCACGCAUGUCCACGAGUCCUUUGGCCAGUGGGCAAACUCACACCGGGAGGACAGCUACACAGAGCAAGGACAGGAAGCCCUGCAGCACCUGUGACCUAGGACCUGAACUGUGCGUACGCCAGCACCUGCCCCAGGUGUGGAGGCCCUAUCCACCUCACCAUGGCUUCCCUGGGUACCAAGCCCUGGAACACUGCCUGCCUGGAGGCAGGGCCUUUCCAAAGGGGCGCCAAACUCUAGAGGCUGGUUUGUUUCUGCCCAGGGCUCCCACUGUUGUCCGUAGAUGAUUGCAACACCUGAGGUUAUCUAAGUAAUAAUCCUCUGAACGGAGGCUGGACUUCACAUUAGGACAACACAACCGUCUUUAAGCCAAAUCCAUCACCUGCCACUGGACUCGCUGUUUGAGAUGCUCUUGGUUUAGAUUCCUCUGUAUAGAGAUCAUUUUGAUUACGUGUGUUAAGUGGGAGGUGGGGAAUGUUAAGUGGGAGGUGGGGAAGUGCUAGCCUUUUACUAGGAGUGCCCAUGAAAUGUCCAUGGCAUUGGCGCAACAGGAGAGAAAAUGGACUGGCCACCGGCCCACCCCUGGUCCAGCUCAAACAACAACAGGUAAUCGGGACAGUGGCUCCCCUGCCUGAAACUGGAGGCCACAUUGUAAGAGCCCGUGAUUCUCCGCUGCACCUUGUUCCUGGUAGUGCAGAGAGCAUGUAGCUGUGCAAGGCGAGGGUGCCUGUGCCUUGGGGUCUGCUGUGAGGGACGCAGAACCAACUAAACAAAGUUGCUAAGGGUAACAUA